AUGCCUUGGUGGGGUAAAUCGGAAACGCCCAAGGACGAGCAGCCUUCCAGCGCCAACUCCAGCACCGAGGUAGACAAGCUCCCGCCUAGAGAGAAGCUGCCCGCCAAUCUGCAAAAGAUUGUCGACAAGGCCAAUGCAGACAAUAGCAACUUUUUUGACGAUGUGAAAGAGGGAAACGGCCCGGAUUCUACGGAAACCAACCUACGAUAUGCUGCCUACGCCACUCGCCUUCGAACGAUUAUGCUCUCUGCGCAUCGAUACGUCGCAUACACAUCUGACAUCGGCGAGUCGUUUCGUCCUGUAGCACACCCCAAGGUGGUGCGCGCCGCCUACGGUAUUUCGUGGCUGUACCUCAUUGGUGAUGUCAGUCACGAAGGUUACCGCGCAUACGUCCACAACCAGAGAAUUCUCAACCCUCAAAUGGAGCUCACUCCCCAUCAGCAAAAGAUUACGGGUCUUCCCGCGACGGUUACUGAGCAGCUGACACCGGGUGUCGUUCCACCACUCGAGGACUACAAGACGGUCAUGGUGCAACGAGGUAUUUUCCAAGCCCUUGCUAGUAUGGGACUGCCGGCCUUUACUAUCCACAGUGUUGUCCGUUAUUCUGGACGGGCACUGAAGGACGCCAAAAACGCGACCAUACGCACUUGGGCGCCCAUCGGACUGGGUCUAGCUGUCGUUCCCUUCCUACCGUCCAUGUUUGACGAGCCCGUAGAGAAGGCUGUUGAAUAUGUGUUUCACAAGGGCUUUGAGGCUGUCGGGGGCAAGCAAGCAGUGGGCAAUGCACCUGUGACAGGAAGAGAGGCCGAACUUGGAAAGGUCAAGAAGGAAUAA